GAACCAUCAACCUUCGUGAGAUCUCUCACAGUUGUAAUGUCAAUCAUUAAGGAACUGAUUGACAACCGAGAAGAAAAAAACAACUUGAGACAAAUCCAAACUUCUGUCUUACAAGGCUUAAGGGAUAUAAUUUACUGUUGAGCACUGAGUCACUCUGAAUUACAGGAAGCAGUGAAGGUAUAUAAACCUGGUACUGUCUGUCUGAGUUCCACGAUUUUCUGAAAGCAGCAAAGAAGUUACCUUCAGGUUUAUUCAACACAACAGAAAUGAUUGUCUUCAUCUUACUAAGUCUUGCUGCAGUGCUGCAACAGUCUUUUGGAAAUGUUGAUUUUGAUUCUGAGUCACCCAGGAGACAAGACAAACAAAGGGAGAUUGUUGGCAUGCACAAUUCUUUCAGGAGAUCCGUGAGUCCAACUGCCAGCAACAUGCUAAAAAUGGAAUGGUAUUCUGAAGCUGCUUCAAAUGCAGAACGUUGGGCAUAUAGAUGUGUUUUAGGUCACAGUCCAGACACUUCAAGAAUUCUUGAAGGAAUAAAAUGUGGUGAAAAUAUAUACAUGUCAAGUGUUCCCUUGGCAUGGACUGAAAUAAUUCAGCUUUGGUAUAAUGAAUACAAAAAUUUCAUCUAUGGUGUUGGAGCAAACCCAGAAGGUUCUGUUAUUGGCCAUUAUACUCAGAUAGUUUGGUACAAAAGUUACCGUAUUGGUUGUGCUGCUUACUAUUGUCCUUCAUCUUCAUACAACUACUUCUAUGUUUGUCAGUACUGCCCAGGAGGGAACCUCAAAGGUUCAACUGCUACUCCAUAUAAAUCAGGGCCAACUUGUGGGGACUGUCCUUCAGCUUGUGACAACGGACUAUGCACAAAUCCUUGCUUACAUAAAGAUGAGUUCACAAACUGCAAAAGUUUAGUGCAACAAAGUAACUGCCAGAAUGAUUGGAUCAGGGAAAAUUGCCCUGCUACUUGCUUCUGCCCCACCGAAAUAAUAUAGAGGAUCUCCCAUUCAAUAUUUGUUUUCUCUGUCAGAAAAAUCUUAAAAUCAUGGCAUCUUUUAGUAUCAGCAAAUUCUUACAUGACAUUUGAUUUCAUAUACUUUGCAUGAGUGUCCUAUGAAUGCCUAAGGGAAACAUAAGCAGGAGUAGAGGCUAGGGAUGAAAACUGUAAGUUCAAAGGGUCAUAGGAAAAAUCACAGACCUGGGUAACAUCAAAAAAGGGCCACACUGUAAACUUGAUUAAGAAAAUAAGAUCACCAAAAUUCUUUGCACUCCAACUAUAAUUUUAGUAAAAUUCUUUUACUAAAUCUAAUCUAGAACUGAUUUGAUGCCAUUCAUGCAAACUAUAUGUCAGGUUUUGGUGUUUUUAAUGUUUUAAUCAGUUGUGGUUUGUAGUUUGAUAUGAUUUGAUAUGAUUUUUAAUUUUUGAUUGGAGCCGCCCAGAGUUGAUUUAAAGAUGGGCAGCUUUAUAAAUGUUAUAAUUAAAUAAACAAAUAAAUAAAUGAAUUCUGUGGAAGAGCAAAA